AUGAAUACUUACAAAAAUAAAAAUAACUAUGAAAGCCCAUAUGAAUCUGAUCAUGACUGGACUAAUUCGUCAGAUGAUUCAAAAUAUUCGGACUCUGAAAGUUCAGUCCCUGAAUGGGAUUCUGAUAUAGGCGAGGAUGGAGAACUUGUUUAUAUGAAAUUUAAAGCCACUAACGAAAGUUUAGACGACUCCCAGGCACCCUUACUAGAAAACUGCGAUACUUUUAAAUUAAGAAGUGAUUUUAAAAGAUCAUCUACACGUCGUUCGACAAAGGGGAGAAUAUUUAAAGUCAUAAAAACUCGUAAAGCAAAAAAUAAAGUUGCUGUAACCGAAAAGAAAAAAGAGUCCGAAGACAACAACAAAUUUGUCAUUAUUCAGGUUAGUAAAAACAUGAUUUUUAGCAGUGAAAAAAAUUGUCAAAUAGAGAAACUAUUUGGAAUCAGCUUAGAAACUCAUGCAGAUGGAAAAACUUUAGUGGUUGCUGAAUUCUUGUCCGAAGCUAAAGCAUUAUACAUUCCUAAAGUGAAAGUGGGAUAUUAUUUGCAAAAAAUUAAUGGUAUUGAAGUAACAUCAUAUAAUAUUAAUGGGGUUCUUCAAAGAGUCAUUGAGGAUGUUGACAACCCUAAAUUAGCAUUUCAAGUGGUAACAGAUGGCUUUAAUUUGGACAUGGAAAAGUUAUUGGUAUCCAAAAGUGCACCAGAAAAUUCUUUAACUCAAAUACUUAAAGAUGCUAUGUGUUCUGUUCUUUAUAUUUGUGGAAAUGAUUUGGAGUACCAAAGUAAUGAUGACAAAGGAGUUCUGUAUUGCUUUCCAAGACCUUUCAAUCAAAAUUUUUUAUACAACACAAGAGGUGCUUAUUUAACUCUAAAUCACUUAGCACCCAAAUCCUUAGGUACAAGUGAGCCUGUUGUGUCUACAGUUUUACAUAAAAAUAAAUUGAUUAAUAUUACAUAUGCAUCUCAUUGUAAUGAUUUAUUGUUAGUUGCUCUUCCAAAUGGAAAAAUAGAUAUUUUUGGAGCUAAAAGGAUAAUAAAUGAAAUAGUUAAAGUUUUAGAAUUUUUAUAUGGCUCACUUAAAACUUGUUUUACGAAACCUAAUAAUGUAGACAAAUUGGAUGGUUUAUUUUCAAGAAUAUUUGUAACACUAAUAUUUGGAAGUAAAACUAAGGGAAAAAAAUGUGUUAGUGUACAACAAAGUGUUAACUUUGAAGAAAUGUUGGCAGCUCAUAGUGUGUCUUUACCUUUAGAAGUUAAAAUUCAAGUUGAUGAUGCUAUUACAGAAUUAGAAGCUGCUGAUUAUAGGGAAUGGACAGAUGAUGUAGAAAACUUUCAAAGACUUUACACAGUAAUAGGAGCUUGUUUAUAUUAUUCAGGACAUUUGUUAAGUUCACAUUUACAAGAUGAAGAUUUAAAAGAAAUAAAUGCAUUUCUGAAAUUAAAUGGAAUAUUAAACAUAAGCAUGGAGAGGGAAAUUGAAAAAUUAGUUAUAUGGAAAGAAGUUUUUAUCAAUGAACACAGAAAACAACAUGCUAAUGAUGGAAAUGAAUACAGAAUUCCAGAUGGCCGAUGGUUUAUUCUUAUUGUUGGAAAAGGACAUUUUAUACUCUCCACUUUAAUGGAAGCUGGAGGCUGUACAGAAGAUGCUGUGGGAGUAACUCCACCGUCACCUUUUUAUGUGGAAGAGUGUGAAAGCUGCCUUGAAUUGUUAUUUGAUGUUGGAUUAAACAAAUACCUACAGUAUUGGUUUUCGUCCAACACCCAGCCUCAAGUUGAGACAACCCCUGAAUACUUAACAAAGUAUGGGAAGAAAAUAAGAGAUAAUACUUCAUCCAAAUCAGAUGUAAAGAACCCAACACUAAAACUUUCAAAGUCACAACAAGACAUCAAAAGGCGUCACAAUUCAAGUGAACUAAUAAAUAUGGCGAUUGAGAAUUCUACGCACAAUUUUCAUAGCGCAAGUCAACACAACUUGCACGCCCAGUGGUAUAACGGCCCACAAAAACAAUACAGACAUUCCAGUAUAGAUGUUAGUUAUUCUGAAGAUUCUGGCAGUUUGAAGAGUAAUAGUGAAAUAAGCGAUGACAGAAUUGUUGGUAGAAGAGCAGAUAGAGAGCAGAAGAAUAGACGAGACUCCUCAGGAUCCGAGUCUGAUUGGGAUAAACAGGAGAGCAGUAGAUCAAGUACUACGGACAUGCCUGAUAUAAGAAAGUCGUUACUUGAUGAACUUAAUCAUGUUACUGUAAAAAGAAUAACCGCUGGUGAAGAAAACGUUUUAUUUCAUUUUGUACAGUUGGAAUCUGAAAAGGGUAUUUUCAUAGCGCCAGUUAAGAACAUAGAAAUGCAAGCGAAUAAUGCUUUGUAUUCUUAUAUAGUGAAAACAUUUAGAAGUGCCAGCAAGAAAAUACAUGAAUUAAUGCAACAUAGUAUAAAAUUCAAAAGAAACCAAGCACCAUCAAGUCCACUAAACAAAAUUUUAGUGGCCGUCAAAGAAUAUGGCAUGUUGUUUGAAGCGCCACUAGAAGUACUGAGUCAGUGUGGUAUCAGUAAAAAAAAUUGUGAACCAUUUUUAUUUUGGGUAGUCGGACGAGUUUUUAGUGAGCCAGAACCGCGAGAACUGUACUUGUGUUAUCACGAAUCUGUGCCGCAAGACCUCAUGGAAAUUGCAUAUUUACUUUCAUAUAUAGAA